AUGCGCCGGGCAUCCUCUCGAUGCUCUCAGGUGGUCCGAAUGUCCGCCGACCCGUCCCUGAUUCGAACCGAGGACGGGGACGACGGCGUGCAGUUUGGAACGGAAGAACGCUCGGUGCUUCGCAUGGGCCGCGGCAAGGGCGAUGCUCCGCGCAUCUUCCCUGCGGGAAUCGAUCCGUCGCUGUACACGCUCGAGCAGCUCGCGUUCCUUAGCAGGAAGGAGCAGGGGAUCAUGCCCACGGGCCACGACUGCAGCUGCUGCGACGGCGUCGGCACCAUCAUCUGUCACUCGUGUCGUGGGCAGGGGACCAACCAGCAGAGCCAGGAGUCCAGGUUCGACGACGAGGUUCGGCUCAACAGCAACGCCAUGCAGGCCGGGGUGGUGAACAUGAUGAUGCAGGAGGGUAUGAUGUGUUGGGUGUGCCGCGGGGCGAAGCACAUCGCGUGCACCUCCUGCCAGGGCACCGGCAAGCGGGACUUUGCGGACAACUGGAUAGCCGAUUGA